CAGGAAGUGCCUCUAUACUCAUCAAUGCCGUAUUCAUUCUGGCUCAGAGUAGUAAGAUGGAUGCCUUGAAAAAGGAUUACUGGUACUUCAUGGUACAUAUCAUCUUCCUCAGUUCACUUACAGUUGUCCAUCUCCAGGUGGCUCAGGGUUCGGUUGUGAAGCUGGAGGAAGGGAUGACUCUGGACUGUGUGUGCCCCUGGAGCGGAAACCUCACCAUGGUUUCCUGGACGAGGGAACUGAGGACAUUCGCUGUUUACCACCCCAUACACGGAAUGGACAUAUCCAAUGGUUACGCAGGAAGGGUGAAGUUCCUCAAGUCUUCCCCGAUGGACGGAAGCAUCUCCCUGAGUAAUGUUAGCGAGCGAGAUGUUGGCCAGUACCACUGCUCCAUACAGUCAUUUCCAUUAGGAUCAUGGACCAGCAAUGUCUCCGUGAAAAAAUCAGUGGACUUCGACGAACGCAAAGCUGACGAAGACAUCAGAGCUGAGAGAGGCGGUAAUGUCACCAUUAGCUGCAACCAUCUAGGCAACAGAACAGUCCAGCAAGUGGCGUUUGAGAUGGCGAGAGGGAGGAAGGUCCAGACCCUGGCUCUGUGCCGGCGUCUGCCCAACGGCAGCCUCAAGGCCGUCAGCUACAAAGACUUGGCUGACGUCAGCUGUAACAGCAUUCUGAACGCCAGCCUGCAGCUCACCAACGUGUCCGAGGAAGAUGAUGGCCUGUAUCGCUGCUUAUUUGACAUGGAGGUUGUGGGUCAAACCACAUUGCUGACUGUUUCCCAAGGGGGUGGCAUCCUGUCCCUUCAGCACAUGAUCUAUAUCGGAACUGGAGCAGCUGGACUUGUUCUGGUGUCACUGGUAGUGAUCGCAGUGAUGUUCUUCUGGCGCAGGAAAAAGUACAGAGCCAAAGUCAGGGCCAAGUGUCAUCCUCUGCAAAGAAGUCUGCUCAACAACUAUGAACCGUCAGGGGCUCCCAAGAAGACAAAGAAGCGGACCAAACGUCAAGAUCCAAUCUACUGCAACAUCAUGACUCAACCGCGCCAGACGAAGAGGAAGACAUAGAAGGCAGCGGUCUACGUUACUCGUGAUCCGGAGGGUUCAGUUUCACUGAUAAUUUAUGGUCUUCUCAAGCGCGGCCUCAGUAUAUCAUUGGUUGAGUGAAGGUAUGAUUAUUCCUGAAUUCAGAAAAAUGUUUGUGUGGCGAAUGUCAUCAGAUACUAAUCUCAAGAUAGAGUGUAGUUUGAAUUCACUUCCAACACAAGUUCUUUGAAAUUACUUGAGCACAACGGGAAUUAACGAGCAUCAAAUGUGGAGCAAAAAAUUGCUGAGUACGAAAUCCUGAGAGUCACUUAUUUAUAAACUGCUGCCCUGCUCCACUAUCAUACCCUGAUGCAGAGAGCUCACUCUGAAAAGGCCGAGUGUAAAACGGCCCAGUUGCGUGAGGGCAGCGGCACCGCAGAGCAUGAUGGGAAUGCGGCUGGCGCUCCCUGCUGGCCACAAAGGGCAGAUCCUGCUGCAGCGUGUUCAUGCACCCAUGCAUUGCUAUUUUGAUUCCCUCAUUUGACUGCGUUCAUGCAGAAUACUGGGCUCAUCGGAAGAACCAUCUGACCCAGUAACCUUGUUUCAUACGCGUUGAGAUAUUUUUAAUUAAAAUAUAUCUCGCAUGUAAAAUGUAACUAAUAAAUGCAUUAAAAUACCCCCAAUAAAAAUGCCGUAUAUGUG